CAGAAUGGCAGGCUUGUCCACUUUAAUCCUCCUUUUGUGUGCUGCUAAAGAUGUGGUGCCCUCCAGUUCUCACUGGAAGCCAACUUGGCCAUCUUACCGAGUUCCAGUUAUCCUGCCACAGUCUACACUUAACUUGGACAAACCACAGUUUGAUGCUGAAGCCAGACUGGAAGUGGUAUCUCCCUGUGGCCCAGCGUGCCAUAAAAGUUCCCCGCUGCCAACUUAUGAAGAAGUGAAGAACUACUUGUCCUAUGAAACCUUGUAUGCUAACGGUAGCCUCACUGAAACUGAAGUGGGCAUAUAUAUUCUGAGCAACAGCGGUGGUGGGUCUCAAGGCAGAUCUCGAACUAAGAGGCAGAUCUAUGGCUAUGACAGCAGGUUUAGCAUUUUUGGGAAAGACUUCUUGUUGAAUUACCCAUUCUCCACAUCAGUGAAGCUAUCUACAGGUUGCACAGGGACGCUCGUGGCUGAAAAGCAUGUUCUUACUGCUGCUCAUUGUAUCCAUGAUGGCAAGAGUUAUGUCAAAGGAGCUCAGAAACUGCGGGUGGGGUUCCUAAAGCCCAAACUGAAAGAUGGCAGCAAAGGGGCCAAUAUCACCAACUCAGCAAUGCCUGAGAAAAUGAAAUUCCAGUGGAUCCGAGUGAAACGGACACACGUCCCCAAAGGAUGGAUCAAAGGCAAUGCCAAUGACAUUGGCAUGGAUUAUGACUAUGCUUUGCUGGAACUGAAGAAGCCUCAUAAAAGAAAGUUUAUGAAGAUAGGUGUGAGCCCACCAGCACGACACUUGCCCGGUGGGCGGAUUCACUUCUCUGGCUACGAUAACGAUCGCCCAGGAAACCUGGUUUAUCGUUUCUGUGAUGUCAAAGAUGAAACGUAUGACCUGUUAUACCAGCAGUGUGAUGCCCAGCCGGGUGCGAGUGGCUCUGGGGUGUAUGUGAGGAUGUGGAAGAGGCAGAAUCACAAAUGGGAGCGUAAAAUUAUUGGCAUAUUUUCAGGCCAUCAGUGGGUGGACAUGAAUGGCACCCCCCAGGAUUUCAAUGUGGCUGUUCGCAUCACACCCCUCAAAUACGCACAGAUCUGUUACUGGAUCAAAGGCAAUUACCUUGACUGCAGGGAAGGAUAAAGACAAUGCAACUCCUUGAGAGCACUUAAUGACUGCUUUUAAUUACUCAUCUGGGGAAAGUUUAGACUUCUGCUCCAAAUGUGUGUGGUGCACUCUUGUAACAUCGCGAUGGGAUAUCUAGCUUUUCAAGCAAGCCACCUUGUUCUCCGGACAGGGGCUGUGUGGUGCUGUCAUUACAGCUCAAAACUGGGGAGAAAGGAACGUCUGCUGGGUGGGGAAGGAGCAGGUGGACUUGCUGAAUUUGCAGCUGAACAACUGAAGAUUAAUUAGGGGUGGAUCAGUAAACAGUAGGACAUCAGAACCGUCUCCAAAGAAUCUUACGAAAGGGAGGCUGUUGACUGUCUCAUGCCUACAAUGUUUGUUUUAAUAAAUCCUAGGAUUAGUAGAAAUGCUUUGAUCUGAACUUGUAAAAGAAAAUAUUUCUAUGCUGUUGGGGGCUGAAGAGGGCAUUUAAUGGUGUUUGCAACCCAAACAUUGCAGCUUUGUGUUCCUGCAUGAGAAAGGGAGUGUGAAAAGGGCAAGGCCUCUGUGGGAGAUGGCUGCCACACAACUAGCAUGGGGGGUAAAUAGCUGCAUAACACUUCUAACCUUCUUUUGGCCUGAGUGAUUUGAGACUUUAUUAGUAACAUAGUUAAGAAAAAUGCUUUUUUGAGCAAACAGACCUUGAUGCUGCA